UUUAAAGUAUCUUUCCGGAAGAGAUAAUUGUUAUCUACUUGAACAUGGCUCUGGUGGCACACCCGUCAUCACCUUCCCACCACCGCCAGUCGCCACUCAUCACUAGAAGAACAACCUAUCAACGUCUGAACUCAUCCAUUUCUCAAACAACCUCACUCCCUCAAACCAACACUUCAACUAAGUACCAACUCCCUCUCCUCCAACAAUUAACCAGUCUUUGCCAAUCGAAACAGAGCCUUCCUCAAGCUUUAACAUUUUUACAACAACAAAAUCCCCACCAUGAAACUCUAGAUUCUUUACAAAGAAAAGAAGCCAUAGGGUUAUUAUUACAAGCCUGUGGCCGUUACCAAGACAUUGAAACAGGUCGAGAGGUUCACCGGAUGGUGGCUUCAUCGACCCUGUUCCACAACGACGUCGUUAUCACAACCCGUCUCAUCACAAUGUACUCCAUGUGCGACUCCCCUUUGGAUUCUCGUUUAGUUUUCGAUGGGUUGGAAAAGAAAAAUUUGUUCCAGUGGAAUGCAAUGGUUAGUGGGUACUCAAGAAACAAGCUUUAUGAAGAGGCUUUGAGAGCUUUUAUUGAGUUGGUUUUGCAAACCGAUUUCAAGCCUGAUAAUUUCACUUUCCCUUGCGUAAUCAAGGCUUGUGGAGGGAUAUUGGAUGUGCGUUUAGGACAGGGAGUUCAUGGAAUGACUGCGAAGUUGGGUUUACUUGGUGAUGUCUUCGUUUGCAAUGCUUUGAUAGCUUUCUAUGGGAAAUGUGGACUUGUUGAUGAAGCAGUUAAAGUGUUUGAUUUUAUGUCUGAAAAGAACUUGGUUUCAUGGAAUUCCAUGAUUUGUGUGUUUGCUGAGAAUGGUUUUGCUCAAGAGGGUCUUCGUUUGUUUAGUGAGAUGAUAAAAUGUGAAAAAAGUUUUGUUCCGGAUGUGGCUAGUUUGGUGACUAUACUACCGGUAUGUGCGGGGGAAGGGAAUUUAGAAAUGGGGAUGGUUUUUCAUGGUUUGGCUGUGAAACUGGGAUUGAACCAAGAACUGAUGGUGAAAAAUGCCUUGCUUGAUAUGUAUUCCAAAUGUGGGUGCUUGUCUCAUGCCAAAGGCUUGUUUGAUAAGGAUAAUAACAAAAAUGUAGUAUCUUGGAAUACAAUGAUAGGGGGCUUUGCAACACAAGGUGAUGCUCGUGGGACAUUCUAUCUUCUACGGAAAAUGCAGGUGGAAGGGAGGGAGAAGACUAAUGAAGUUACUAUACUGAAUGUGCUGCCUGUUUGUUUGGAAAGAUCUGAAUUGCUCUGCUUGAAAGAACUUCAUGCUUAUUCAAUUAGACAUGGUUUUCACUAUGAUCAAUUGGUAGCUAAUGCUUUCAUUGCAGCCUAUGCAAAAUGCGGAUCAUUGUGCUCCUCUCAGCUUAUGUUUAAUGGUAUGGAGACGAAGACUGUAAGCUCUUGGAAUGCAUUGAUUGGCGGCUAUGCACAGAACGGUGCUCCUAGGAAAGCUUUAGAGUUUUACCUUCAAAUGAUAAAUUCUGGCAUAAAACCAGACCGGUUCAGCUUAGGAAGCCUACUUUUGGCUUGUAGUCAUAUGAAAUCUCCGCGCUUCGGUAAAGAGAUUCAUGGGUAUUUGAUACGGAUUGGAUUAGAAACGGAUCCAUUUAUUGUUAUCUCAUUAUUAUCACUUUAUAUUCGCUGUGGCAAAUCAGCUAGUGCAAGGGUGUUGUUUGAAGAGAUGGAAAACAAAAGUUUAGUAUCAUGGAAUGCACUGAUUGCUGGCUAUUCACAGAAUGGACUUCCUGAUGAAGCUUUAGUUCUCUUUCGUCAAAUGCUUUCGGAUGGAAUUCAACCUGAUGAAAUUUCCAUAAAUAGCGUAUUCAGGGCUUGUUCACAGCUAUCAGCUUUGCGGCUUGGAAAAGAAGCACAUUGCUAUGCUUUGAAAGCCUACCUAGCUGAAGACAUUUUUGUUGGUUGUUCAAUAAUAGAUAUGUAUGCGAAAAGUGGCUGUAUAGAACAAGCUCGAAGGGUUUUUGAAAAGUCGAGGAAUAAAGAUGUGGCAUUAUGGAAUGCUAUAAUUGUAGGAUAUGGACUGCAUGGAUAUGGAAAAGAGGCACUGGGGCUAUUUGAAAAGAUGCUAGCAUUUGGUAUGAAGCCUGAUGGUUUCACUUUUGUUGGUAUAUUAAUGGCAUGCUGUCAUUCUGGGUUGGUAGAAGAGGGGUUGAAAUAUUUCAACGACAUGCAGAAUUUCCAUGGCAUAACACCAAAACUGGAGCAUUAUGCAUGUAUUGUCGACAUGCUGGGUCGCGCAGGACGAUUAGAUGAAUCUUUGAGACUUGUAAAUGAAAUGCCUGAUGAACCAGAUGCUGGAAUCUGGAGUUCAUUACUCAGUUCCUGUAAAACUUUUAAUGCACUGGAUAUUGGAACUAAAGUUGCUGAAAAGUUGUUCGAAUUGGAGCCUAACAAAGCCGAGAACUAUGUUUUACUCUCUAAUUUAUUUGCAGCAUCCGGGAAAUGGGACGAUGUAAGAAGAGUGCGCCAAAAGAUGAAGGAGAUUGGCUUACAAAAGGAUGCCGGUCGUAGUUGGAUCGAACUUGGAGGGAAAGUUCAUAGCUUUAUGGCUGGAAAUACUUCAUUUACAGGCUCUAAACAAAUGCAAAACAUGUGGAGAAGAUUAGAGGAAAAAAUACGUAAAAUCGGAUAUAAACCGAAUACCAACUCUGCGCUUCAUGAAUUGGCUGAAGAUGAGAAGAUUGAAGUAUUGAGGGGGCAUAGUGAGAAACAAGCAAUUUGUGUUGGAUUGUUGAGGACAAGUAAAGGUGAAACACUACGAAUCAACAAGAACUUGCGUAUUUGUGUGGAUUGUCACAAUGCUGCUAAGCUGAUAUCAAAAGUAGUUGAAAGAGAGAUAGUUAUUCGAGACAACAAGCGUUUUCAUCAUUUUAGAGAUGGCUUUUGUUCUUGUGGGGAUUAUUGGUAGUUAGAAGAACAGUACUAGUAAUUUGAUUCACUGUCCACACCCUUGUUUCUUGGAUUUGGGUGGAGGAUACAUCUAUAUGAUGCAAGCAUGUUAUUAUUAUUAUUAUCAUUUUAUAUGUGUAGAUUCAUAUUCUUAUACUCUUGUUAGAAUA